CGGCGACAUCCAGCUGAGAAAAAAAAAAAAAAAAAAAAAAAAUCUGCACUCUUUUUUUGCAGCGGCUAUUGUUUAUCUCUGGCAGUUUUAUGAGCUUUGUGUCCGUUACAGACGGGAGUGAAAACAACAGCCGAACGACGGUUUAAAACUUGUGUGAAGAAAACUGCAGCCUGAUCGCACCCGCCUUCAUUGUGUGUGUGGUUGUCUUUUUUCUUCUUCUUUUUUUUCAUGGAUACUCGAAGAUCGGACGAGUUUGUGAUUGUUGUUGAGUAAAGUUUUUUUUUUUUUUUUUUUGAGUGUAGUUUAUGAGGCGUUCAGGCUCCGCGGGAGGACACACAGUCCCGACUCCUCUGCAGCACCAGGAGACACUCGGGGGCCACAAGUUGUCCGUUGAGAAGGAAACCAAACUUUGCCAAGUUCCUGCGCAUCCGGUCACCGACUGUUUUCCACCGUGCGGUAACUUUUAACGCUGGAUUAUCGCAGGAUUCGGCCAUGGAAACCGGGAAGGCGCUGAGAGAAUGAACAGGGAGUUUUUUAAAGAGAAAAAAAUGCAUUUGUAGUUGUAGUCGCGACUUCGUUUUGGACCACGUAUUCGAUAAAUACGUUUUUUUUUAUUAUUAUUUUUAAUUCCUAACGAGUGUUCGUGGUCGUUUUGUCCUCCUGUCGACGCAAACCGACGAAAUGCCGCAGUUAAACGGAGGCGGUGGAGACGAUUUGGGGGCGAACGAUGAGAUGAUUUCGUUCAAAGACGAAGGCGAGCAGGAGGAAAAGAUCUCCGAAAACGUGUCGGCGGAACGGGAUCUGGACGAGGUCAAGUCGUCCCUGGUCAACGAGUCAGAAAACAACAGCAGCUCUUCGGACUCCGAGCAAACGGAGAGACGUCCUCAAACCAGACCGGACUCAGAAAGUUACGAAAAAACAAGGGACUACUUCAGUGAAGCACUGAGGAGGCAGCAGCAAGAUGGUGGCUUUUUUAAGAGUCCUCACUAUCCCGGCUACCCGUUUCUUAUGAUCCCAGACCUCACCAACCCCUACCUGUCCAACGGCUCUCUGUCUCCCAGUGCGAGGACGUACCUGCAAAUGAAAUGGCCUCUUUUGGACGUCCCAGGAUCUGCAGCACUAAAAGACUCUCGUUCUCCCACCCCAGGGCAUUUAUCCAAUAAAGUCCCAGUGGUGCAGCAUGGUCACCAUGUCCACCCUCUGACGCCCCUCAUCACCUACAGCAAUGAACACUUCUCCCCUGGCACGCCACCUCCACACCUUUCCCCAGAGAUCCUUGACCCAAAGACAGGUAUUCCUCGGACACCUCACCCGUCAGAGCUGUCUCCAUACUACCCCCUGUCUCCCGGGGCCGUGGGUUCGAUUGCACAUCCUCUGGGCUGGCUAAUGCCACAGCAGGGUCAGCCCAUGUAUUCCAUCCCUCCGGGGGGAUUCCGCCACCCUUACCCAGCACUAGCAAUGAAUGCAUCCAUGUCCAGCUUGGUUUCCAGUCGUUUCUCCCCCACAUGUCACUCCCCUCCUCACAGCCUCCACCAGACUGGCAUUCCCCAUCCUGCCAUCGUCUCCCCGGCCAUCAAGCAGGAGCCCACCAACGACAACAUCAGUCCUUCAAUGCAUGCCAGGAAAUCCCCUGUUCCUCCCAAGAAAGAAGAUGACAAGAAACCUCAUAUCAAGAAGCCCCUGAAUGCUUUCAUGCUGUACAUGAAGGAGAUGAGAGCCAAAGUGGUGGCAGAGUGCACUCUGAAAGAGAGCGCCGCCAUCAACCAGAUCCUCGGACGACGGUGGCAUUCUUUGUCAAGAGAGGAACAAGCCAAAUACUAUGAGCUAGCUCGCAAAGAGCGGCAACUUCACUCCCAGCUCUACCCAGGAUGGUCAGCAAGAGACAACUAUGGAAAGCGGAAAAAGAGGAAGAGAGAGAACAAACCAGACUCGAAACCAGAAGACUUCUCGAUAAGGAGCAAGAAGCAGUGUGUUCAGUACCUGCCUUCUGAGAAGAUGUGCGACAGCCCUGCAUCGUCCCACGGCAGCAUGCUGGACUCGCCGGCCACGCCUUCCACAGCGCUGGCCUCGCCCGCUGCUCCUGCCGCCCACCACUCCGAGCAGGCCCAGCCUCUUCACUUACUCCAACCCGAGGGACGCAUGCACCACCACUUUCCCAUACCGGGAAGGCUUCUGGAUCACUUCUCCUCCUCCUCCUCUUCUUCCUCCUCUUCUUCUCCUCCUCUUCCUCCAGCCAACAUCUCCAUCCCAAUUGGUACUUGUAGCCAGUCAACUACACCGAUCCUCACUCGUCCAAUCCCCUUCACCUCCCUGCACCCCGCCAUGCUUUCCACCCCCUUCCCCUUUCCAUCAGGCACCCUGCACUCCCAUCAUGCUCUGUUCCAGUCACAGCCCCUGUCCUUGGUUACCAAACCAACUGAGUAAAUCUGCAAAGGCAGUUCUCUCCCAUUUAUUGUGCUGUAUAUUGCUUUUCUUUCCAAAAAAAAAAAUAGUGAUUAGAACAACAUUUUUUUCUAAAUAAUGAAAAGGAAGAAAUAUUAUUGGUCAAUAUUUGACUGCCUCCUUUUCUAUGUCGCUCAAUGAAACAAAAUGUAUUUUUUGUAAAGUUUUACUGCAGAACUGGUUUCUUUUUGAUGCAUUUAUCCAGUGAACCUCUUGUAUAAAAGAACCAAUGUACAUAAAGUUUCUUUAUAAAAAGAAAAAAGGAACAAAAACACAUUCUCUUUUUAGCCAAAACCUGAUUAAUGUUAGUAUUAAGCUCGAAGUCAUAGUACUGGCCAAUAAUUACAGCCCGUUUUCCAGUUCACGUGUGCGCCCCUUCUUUGACAUGUUAAAUAAACAUUUGAAAUUGUUUCUUAAAA